AUGGUGACCAUCAACGAAGCGCCACCGACCGCCACCCCACUGCUGGGCGUGAGGACAGCGGAGGCUGGAAUGUAUCUGGGGCUGUGGUACGACGAGCAGAAGCGCUGGAGGACGGAGUUCAGAGCAGAAGCGGAUGCACAAAGAAUGACGUGGGAGGAGGGGAAGGCAUACCGAGUGGUGCUCACGGUGGAAAACGGCACGGGCUCGGCAUACGUCGACGGACAGCUUGUGGGGAGUUUGGAGGAGAAACCCCCGGCUAGUUUUGUUGCUUUGCCUGAGCAUGUGUUUUAUCCCGAAGAAACUCUGCUAUGGAGGAGGCCGCCGGAGAGGGUCUCGCACAUCUUCGUUGGGGAAUACAGGUACGGCGAAGUAAACGCAGAGGUCCACGUGACGGUGAAGAACGUCUUGCUGUACAACCGCUGCUUCAACGCCAGUGAGGUUGCCGCUCUGCAGGAGAAGGAAAAGGAGGAGACCAGCGUGGCGGCGCCGGGGGAGGUGCCUCGCACCGCCGCACCCGCCGCCAGUGACCCGACGAACUCUGCGCACGGCGAGGCUGCAGCAACUGGCGGUGUGACGGAGGAGCCGUCAGGGGCAGCCGGCACUGGCUCCGCGGCGACCGACGCGGCUGGGAGUUCUGCGGGGAGUGCGUCGGUGCCGCGCGGUGCACCGGCGCCGGGCCUAAACAACGCCUCCGCCGCACUCGCAAAGGAGGCUGCGGGCACAGUGCAGAGGGAGGCUGGCGGCGGCGACGGCACUGCGCGUGGGAGUGUGUCUGUGGUGCUCUCGCUGCUUAUGCUUGCGCUGUGGGCAUGUGUUUCGCUCCUCUGA